AUGGCGACAGCAGCGGCACCGGCGGUGAUUUCAUGGGGAAUUGCGUGCAAAUCAGGACAGAACCAGAGGAGAAGUGAGAUGAAAGUUUCUUACGUAAGAGGACUCAACGGAUAUGGCGGUCUCAAGGCACAGAACAACAAGGUUGUCUCCAUGGGACUGCCACUCUGCACAGAGCAGUGCUUUGCCAAUGUUGUCAUGUCCAUCAAUGGAAGAAGCGGUCGUGGGGGAGCAUUAACCUCUACUUGUAACGCAGUUGCAGAGAUUUUCAAGAUUGCAGCAAUCAUGAACGCUCUUACUCUUGUUGGUGUUGCUGUUGGAUUCGUUCUCCUUCGAAUUGAGGCUUCUGUUGAGGAAGCCGAGUAA